UCAUCGUUAGUUAAAAAAAAAAGGAACGAGGAAAAGGCGACUCCGUGCACUGACCGCGAUGAGUUAUGCGAAUUAAAUCUGCCUAGAUUUGUGAUCUCGCAAGGUGCAGUGAAAUUAAUUUUCAGGCGGCCGAAAAAUACGUGAACAUUCGCAUUGCUUCAAACAUCAACAAUGUAUAAACGUUUGUACCUGAUCGUCGCGUGUAUCUUGGUAAUUUUCGCCCGUGAAAAUGCCUCGAAAAAAUUGCCAUCCGUGGUUGUGGAGUGUUACAAUGAUACCUAUAUCUUGAACAAAGACAACAGGCUACCUCAUACCAUGCAGACUUUGAUCGCCCUUCUUCGGAAAAUUGAGGACAUCGAGGGGUUAAAUAUGGAUUCUCGCACUUUAUCUUCAGUCAUCCUGCACAGAUUCCGUCGAGACGGUAUCGUGUUUAAUCCCUCAAUUCGCGACCAGCAAGGUGUUACUCCAUACGCCACGAGUUCUGAACAAUCGGCUAAGCAAGAAGCAACUUUACGUCUUAUCCCCAGUAAUGCGAGAACGUUUCCUAAUGAGAGCCUCACGAUUAUCGAACGGUGCUCCCUUCACGCCAUGUUAUCGAGUAGUAUCGAAUUAUUCGAGCGGGGCGACGAAGGAACCACAUGUAAACUGACAAACGAGCUUUACAGACAGUGGAAAAGAAGCGUCGACGAUGACGACAGUGGCAUCCGAAAAAGUAUACCCGAAGACGUGGAGACGUUAACGCCCGAGCAGUUGGAUUUAAUUAACAGCAGCGAAGGCAAGCCUGCGACGAUCACGGUGGAUCCAAAUUCAGUGUAUCCGGAUUUACCACCGAAUCAUCCGGACACUGCUCGGUUUUCCAUUGAACACCCUCGUAGUAGAUGUCCCGUAGAGAAUGGAGUUAUAAAGACACGCUGGGGUGCGGUAUCAGCUGGGGCUGUCCUAGCUGGCCUCGCAGCAGGUUUGCAGCCGCAAACAGUUUCGGUCCGUGAUGUUCUACGAGGUCGAGCCAUGGAUAGUGGAUUAUCCGAAGAUGUGUCAGUAAACAAUGUAUGGCUGGCGACGUUAGCUGGCGACUUGGCAGAGAUGGCGAUAUUGCAGGGGCCCCACAUGCGGAAUGAAGAAAUGGAUAUUGGAGUAAACGGCAAUUGGAAUUCCUCAACGUUACCUCGGUGGUACUUCCUCGGCUCGAGCGAAAACCUCGAAUUCACCGCUGCUGAAAUCAGAGGAGACUUGGAUGGAUUGAUCAUUGCCGAGGGCUUUGAGGACUGGGACUCAAAAGUAUCGAGUUUACGACUUUCGCAAGUAUUCGACAUGUAUUACGGACCUCGAGGAGUAUUCAGCCCGACGAUACGAGCCUGUAAUCGAAAAGCCUUAUUCCCCACGGCUGCUCCAGAGCCAGCUUUGUUUGGACAGGCUUUCAGUGCUUCUUUGAUAUUGAAUCGUGAACUAGCGGAAGCAGGCAUCGAAUCAUCUACCAUGCAAAAGUUCUCCAUGAUCGCCGUGCAGACGUUAUUGAACCAUGUUGAGACGUCGAUGAACGGUGACCCAGCCUGUCCGGAUUUAAACAACCCGAAGGAUCAAAGUCGUCCUGCGGUGGAUCUGACGGUCGUUCUGGACAUCGAUUGGCCUUUCACGUCCAUACAGCCUGUUUUAGCAACGCUCUUCGACCUCAUCGACGUCGACAAGUAUGGCAGCAAUUUUACGUUGAUUAACGCGCAGGACGGAGGUGUCGUUAUUCCGAGCACCAACACAAUUCUGGACUUCCAUGGCUUUAAUAUCACUCGUUAUCAAAAUUCGUCCGGAGGCUUCAAUUUGCCAAAAGUGUUGGAAAAUGUUCGCCUUUCGCGCGUUGACAAGAUGAACGAGGAGCAGCGAUUAGGCAUCGGUGGAAGUAAUUCGGACGUGGUCCUAAUAAUUCCUUAUCAGUCCUCUGCUAUUUCCGAUCUUGACAAGGAGUACUGCAUGGAACUCCUGAAAACUAUUUACGAGGAAGCACCAGACCUUACGAUCCUGUUUUUGACUUAUGGGCCGAAGGACAAGUGGUCGGAGUUGGUUCGAGAUCCAAUGAAGGAUAUCUUCAACGUUCAGAUUGGCAACACGCCAGAAUCAUUCUCGUAUUUGGAUAACGUUGUGUCCAGGAUAAAGCAAGUUCCUAAGAGGCUCAUCAAUUCUCAAUGCGGAGCUACCAACGACAAGAAGGGAAGUUCGAGGCAAUUCGUAGAUUACGUGGAACCUUCUACUGUCAAUUAUUACAGACUUCAUCCAAACUAUUUCUUCGCUCCAGGUGCCGAGGACAUACCUAGAAUAAAGGUUCAAGGAGCUGGUUGGGGCACGCUGAAAGUCUGCGUGUCGCGAGAUGCUCCCAUGGAUACAACAGAAAUCUGGACCAAUGGUACUUGCACAUCAGUAACUGGUAAUACACACACAAUUGAAUUGCCCUGCAACGACGCAAGUUUAAUCCACGAGUGUAGUCCUGUUUAUUUGUCGAUAACGACUACAAAUUCUACUAGCCAAUCGUACCAUUGUAUAGAUAAGAAAGUCUGCAGAUUCCCACACAUGAUUAAAUUCACAAUUUCCUACGAAAAUCUAGUCUGCGUCAGCAGCGCAGGCAUUGCUGGCCUCACCGUACCAUUAAUUUUAAUUCUUUCCAUCAUACUUAUAAGUUAUUAAAUAAUAAUGGUUUGUUGUAGGAGUGGUGAGUGGGCACUUGCAGAGUACUGUAAGUUGAAACUUAACAACAGGAACUUUUGCUUUUUUGGCCACUGUAAGUUGUCAAUUGCAAUGUUCUGGACCUAUGCUAAUAACGAGUAGUAAUUCAUAAACUGUAAUUUUUUGGACCGUAUAAUAGAAUAUAAUUUUUAUAUUGUGUAAAGAAAAUUACAUGG